UACCUUCUGUAGUCCCCGUCCCGAAAGUUCUCCCGAAGUCUCGACAACCAAGACCUACCAUAACUGAAGUAUUCGACGCCUACUAUGACGAAUCCGCAGAAGAACCCCUUGAAAGUAUUGUCUUCGGCUCUAAGGAAGAAGAACGAGAAACCGAAUUGGAAGCUCUUCUUCAAAAGCUCAUUGCCAAAUGUGAAGCUGUUGCACAAAAAUGGGCCCCCAAAAAAGAAAAAGGCAAAAAAUGGAAGUCGAGAAAAAGAAAAAUAGGAGGCGCCAAAGAAACAUACCUAGUUGGACCUUACUGCGAAGAAGUUGGAGUUAAGGAGGUUAAAGAAAAGAAAGAAAUUGAAGUCGAAAAGGAAGCGGCUGGAGUUGAAAAGGACGAAGAAAAAGAAGUUGAAGUUAAAAGAGAAGAAAAGGAAAAAACUAAAGAAGAAAAAAAAGAAAAGUAUGAGGAAAACGUACCUGCGAGAAUCGGAAAAAUCGUAGAAGACGUAGAAAAACUUACCAAAAAAAGUAAAGACCUGGAUUACACCUGCGAAUCAUGGAUAAAGAAAGUUGAAGGAUUUAGAAGUAGGGUCAGAUGGAGUAGAGGAGCAAAAAAACCUACCAAAAAUAAACCUGCCGAGGCCGAAGAAGAUACGACGAAUAUCAGUGAAUGUUACCGAAACAAAGGUGGA